AUGGUCAAAGCAGUCGUUCUCGGUGCCUCUGGUGGCAUUGGCCAGCCGCUUUCCCUUCUCCUCAAAGCCAGCCCUCUCGUUGAUCAGCUCGCUCUUUACGAUGUCGUCAAUACCCCAGGCGUUGCCGCUGACCUCUCUCACAUCUCCUCCAUUGCCACUGUCAAGGGAUAUCUACCCAAAGACGACGGCCUUAAGGAUGCCCUCACUGGCGCUGAUGUCGUCGUCAUCCCCGCCGGAAUUCCUCGAAAACCCGGUAUGACCCGCGAUGAUCUGUUCAAGGUCAACGCCGGAAUCGUUCAGACCCUCGUCAAGGGCAUCGCAGAGCACAGCCCUAAGGCUUUUAUUCUCAUCAUUUCCAACCCCGUCAACUCCACUGUCCCCAUUGCGGCUGAGGUUCUCAAGGCUGCUGGCGUUUUCGACCCCAAGCGCCUCUUUGGCGUCACCACUCUCGAUGUCGUUCGUGCCGAGACCUUCACCCAGGAGUUCACCGGUCAGAAGGACCCUUCCAAGACGACCAUUCCCGUCAUUGGUGGCCACUCCGGCGAGACCAUCGUACCCCUUUUCAGCCAGGCCAAGCCAGCUGUCAACAUUCCUGCGGAUAGAUACGAUGCCCUUGUAAACCGCGUCCAGUUUGGCGGUGACGAGGUCGUCAAGGCCAAGGAUGGAGCUGGCUCUGCCACCUUGUCCAUGGCUUAUGCUGGUUUCCGCUUCGCCGAGAGCAUCAUCAAAGCCUCCACGGGCGAGAAGGGUAUUGUCGAGCCAACUUACGUCUACCUUCCUGGUGUUGAAGGAGGCGAUGCUAUCAAGAGCAAAGUCGGCUUGGAUUUCUUUUCUAUCCCCGUAGAACUGGGCACUUCCGGCGCAGAAAAGGCCCAGAACAUCCUCGGCGAUAUCACGGAGCAGGAGAAGAAACUCCUCGAAGUCUGCAUCAAGGGCCUCAAGGGCAACAUCGAGAAGGGCGUCGAAUUUGCUCAGAGCCCACCCCCAAAGCUCUAGGAUCAUCAUAUAAGACA